AUGGAGUUUCAGGGACAAGUGUGUAUAGUGUUGAUGUUCACAGUUUUAGCAGCUGUGCCAGCAGCUGCAUCCUUGGUCACAUUUGUUUUUGGUGAUUCCUUGACAGAUGUUGGGAAUAACAACUUCUUUCAGCUCUCUCUAGCAAAAGCAAAUUACCCUUUCUAUGGCAUUGAUUUCAGUGGUGGAAAAGCUACUGGAAGAUUCACAAAUGGGAGGACGAUUGGUGAUAUAAUAUCUGCAAAGCUAGGAAUUCCAUCACCUCCGGCAUAUCUUUCAAUAUCGCCAACUGAUGAUGCAAUCCUAAAAGGUGUAAACUAUGCGUCUGGUGGAGCUGGAAUUCUCAAUGACACCGGCCUUUACUUCAUUGAGAGAUUAACCUUUGAUGAUCAAAUCAAUUGCUUCAACAAGACCAAGGUAGCAAUCAAGGACAAGAUUGGAGCAGAAGCAGCAAACAAGCUCUGCAAUGAGGCCAUGUACUUCAUUGGACUCGGGAGCAAUGACUAUGUAAACAAUUUCCUUCAGCCAUUCUUAGCAGAUGGUGAGCAGUACACGCAUGAUGAGUUUGUCGAACUUUUAGUCUCGACUUUAGGCGACCAACUCACUAGGCUUUACCAACUUGGGGCAAGAAAGAUGGUUUUCAAUGGCCUAGCACCACUUGGCUGCAUUCCAUCCCAGAGGGCGAAAUCAAAGCAGCGAAUCUGCUUGAAGCAAGUGAAUCAAUGGGUGCAAGAAUUCAACUCAAAAGCACAAGAGUUGGUAACUGAUCUGAAUGGGCAACUUCCAUCCGCCCAGAUAGCCUUUGCAGAUACCUAUCAACAUGUUCUGGAUUUAAUUGAGAACCCGACUGCCUAUGGAUUUAAUGUCUCCAACACUUCAUGUUGCAAUGUGGAUACAAAACUCGGAGGGCUUUGCUUGCCCAACUCCAAAGUGUGCACAAACCGUGCAGAUUAUGUAUUCUGGGAUGCUUUCCAUCCCACGGAUGCUGCAAAUGAAGUGCUUGGAGAUCGCUUCUUCAACUCCUUGUUUGCGAAUAAAGCUCCUGCCCCUGCCCCUGCUCCUGCUCCACAGCCUUCUCAUUGACCUUCUGGGCCGAAAACAACAUAUUUAGUCACAUAAUGUAACUAGGCAGUUGCCUAUUAUUAAAAGUGAUAUAG